AUGUCUAUAUUCUUUUAUCCAUUUUAUAAUAUUCGGGAAAAACACAUGGAAGGAGUCACAGCCAAUUUUAUAAGAGAAGAAACAAUCCUCCCCAGCUGUAUAAUAAAAAGAGUUAUUACAGAGGGGGACGGCGACCUCAUAGUUCCCAAUACAAAAAUUGAAAUGCUUUUUGAAACUUACGAAGAUGACGGAAAGCUGAUAUUGUAAUUGCCCGAGGAUGGCGCUAUCUUGCGCCAUCCUCGGGCAAUUUAAAAAAUGGCCCCACACCGGGAAUUGAACCCACGUGUGGGGCCAUUUUUGGUGCGUGGAAGUCGAUGUUCUCCACAUACCAAAAAUGGCCCCAUACGUGGGUUCAAUUCCAUUUUUGAAUUGUCCGAGGAUGGUGCAAGAUAGCGCCAUCCUCGGGCAAUUACUAUAUCAUCUGAAACACUAAUUCACACCAUCAUUAAUUAUGCAGAAGGGGCAGACAAGAGUGCAAUUGAUUAUGCAUUGCUUUCGAUGAAACUAAAUGAAAUAGCUUAUGUCAAAGUGUCAGCAGGUCGGCAUAUAGUAAAAGGGAACUCAUGGGAUGACAUAUGAUACAAAAUAAAUCCUCAUAAAAUCGAGUCAAACAUCGAUAUAAUUAUGCCUGACACUCUCAGCAUAAUAAGAGAAGAGGAAAUUGCUACUGAAGAUAACUUUAAAAUUAUUAAAAAAGUUAUGCAAGAAGGAUUUGAUAAUUUGCCUACUCCAGAAUCAAAAAUAUCAUUUAACCUUGAAUUUCGACAUAUGGAUGGAACUUUAGCAGAGUCUUUAGCUACUAAAUCGAUUAUUUUGACAAAAAUAUUGAAUCCUGGAGUUCAUAAAGGAGUUCAGCUAGUUUUAAAAACUAUGAAAUGCUCGGAAGAAGCUUGGGUCCUCAUCCCUGAAAACUACCAUUAUGUAGAUUCUGCAGCAAAUAGGCCAGUUUGGGCAUAUAUUUUUGUGACAGAAAUAAUAAUCAAUUCCAAUAUCCUUCUUCCUCAAAAUGAGCCAUUUUUAAGAGAGGAAAUUCUUAGUAGUGACAAUGGGGUGAUUAAAAGGGUUGUAAAAGAGGGAGAAGGAGAUCUUGUUCCUGCCAAUACCAAGAUCUGGCUGAAAUAUGAAGGAAGAACUGAAGACGGUUUCGAAUUCCAAAAACCAAAUGAGUUUGUUAUUGGAAAUGACAAACUUUAUAGCGAGGCUUGGCACUUAGCUUUAGAAUCAAUGAAAAGAGGGGAAGUUGCAUGAAUAAAAGCUACAAAAGGCCAUCACAUAAUAGGAGAUUUUAUAAAUGAAACCUUAUGGUUUAAAUUCUACCUUGAAGAAUUUUUGGUAACUAGAGAAAUCAACCCAAAUGCUCCUUUGCCUUCAAAGCUUGCAGCUGCUUCCGAAAUAAUGAAUGAUGGUAACAGGCUUUACUCAACUAAAAAAUACGCAGACUGCAGGACACUCUAUAAUAAAGCUCACCAAUUAUUAACAUUAAGAAAAGGAGCAUUUGAAACUAUGGAAGAUGAAGAACUAAAAAAACAAUAUGUCGCAGUUAGGACAAGAGCCUGCUUAAAUUGUGCACAAAUAUCAAUUAUAAACGCAGAGCAAGCUAAUGGACUUAAGAAACGAAUUGAGUAUCUAGAUAAAGUUUUAGAAAAAUGCAACGAAGUCAUUGGAUAUGAUAGCAAAAAUAUUAAAGCGAAUUAUCGGAAGGCUAUAGCUUAUAAAAUGAAGGAUGAUAUCCCAAAGGCAAUAGAAAUUAUUGAAUUUCUUUUAAAAAUCCAGCCAGAGAGCAAAGAAAUUUCAACUUUGUAUGCAGAAUUAGUAAGAAAAGGAGGAUCGAUAAAAGCAAAAGAAAAAUUAAUGUGCAAAGGGAUUUUUGAUAGAUGGGAAAAUGAAAUGCAUAAGGAAGAUGAAGAGGAAAAGAAGAUAAAUGAAAGGAAAAAAGCAGAAAAAAUUAUAGAAAGUCAAGAAGAGGUAAAGAGGAACAGAGAGAUUAGGGAGAAGGCUGAAGAAGAAAAUAGGCAGAAGGAAAGUAUUAAGAAAUUGAGAUCUCAAUUAGAAAAAGGAUUUAUUGUAGACACAAUGGACCCAGAAGAUGAAAAUGUAGAUUUUCUACUUGGUCAAGAUGAAAAUGUAAGCGAGGGUGAAAAUAGUAGUUAA